UUUAAAGUGUUCUGAGUAAAUCCAUAGACUCUCAAACCCAUUUUCAAAAAGCUUUCAAAUUUUGUAAUCCAUUUGCAUGUGUCAUUCGUGUGCUUUCAACAAAAAAAAAAAGCUCAACCGGCCCCAACCGCUUUCUUUCCUUCAUCAAAAUCCAACCAACAAAAAAAAAAGACCAGUCAGCCGCUUGACUGUCAAAAAAUUUAUGAAUUUUGUGAGUCUGUCGCGUUAAUUUUCCCCAUUUUUUGUUUGUAAAUUUAAUUUUAUUAAUUUUUAUAUCUCUUCAUCUUGCCGCCAAUUUGAAUGUAAAUACACAACAAAUGUAUUAAAUUAGUUUUAUCUAAUUUCCCAAAUCUGCGUUUCUGUAGAAAUGAGUCGGAAAAAAUUCAACAAGAUAAAUUUGCAUAUCAGUUUUUAGUUUGUAGAAGAAAAAUCCUACAAAAAAUUCCGAUUCCAAGUUGAAAGUUGAAAUUCCAUUGCGUGAGUCUAUGAGUCGUCGUUGUCCUCGUUUUUUUUUUUUUGUUGUUCAAAAUGCAUUUUUUUAUAUUUUAAUUUCUGUUUAUAAUUAUUUCAAUUUAAUUUGUAACGAGUGAAUAAAAUAUAAAUAAAAAAAGUAGUAGUUUGUGAAAUUUUGUUUCUCUAAAAAAAAGAAGAAAAAAAUCUGUCAAAAUGGAUGCAUCAAACGUGCAAUCGCAAACUGCAGCAACUUCGCCUUCUUCGCCAGGAGCUGGAAAUUAUAAUAUUCCAGGGAAUAGCUCCCCAAAGUUGGAUGAGUCCAAGGAGGACUCAAAGUUCAAAGAACUUGAAGAAGAUGACCACCAAACCAAUACCGACCUUGAUAUGUUAACUAUAGAAGAUUCAACACUCGAAAAAAUUCCAAUUCAUUUGGCGAAUCUUUUGCGCUCAUUCGAUGUUGAAAAAUCAACACCUGCAGACUUGCUGAUUGGCUUAAUUUAUGGUAUUGCCUUAGAAUGUUCCUUUGCUGCAAUUGAUGAAGUUCAUCAAAAACAUACAUCACUUCAAGGAGUUUCGAAGAAUCAAAUUGCAUCUGCUUUUCAUAGUAAACAUGUAAGGUUAUUGUCAAAUAUGCCAUCUGGUGUCUAUGAUGCCAACAAAAUGUCAUAUACCCUACGAUUACAACUCUAUUUAGACCCGACUGAAACUGCCUGUUUAAUGACUGGCGUAGUUACUGGAGAUUUUCUCAUACUAACUCUCACUCCAGACUGUGGAAAUGCUAUUGGGAAAAGUAUUUGUCUAUCAAUUGGUCGAUACGUUCUCAAUGCCAAUGGCAAACCAUUUCCAACUCGAUUAAGAAAGCUACCAGAACUCUCUUAUAAGCUACACGAACAAGUAUUAGUUCCAGUUCGAAAACAAUUGAUACUGGGAGAUGAUAUUGUUAUUCUGUAUCCAAGUCUGGAGGCUUUGCCAGAAGAACUUUAUAUAUAUUUGUUUGGUUAUUUGAAUAGAAAUAAUUUAAAUAAAACUGCAAGUGUUUGUAAAAGACUUUUAAGUACUGUUACACGAUAUCAAAUUUAUCAAAGAAAUAAGAAAAUGAUGAAAAUGAAAUGUUAAAGUUUGAAAUAAAAUACUGAUAUAUGCACUUAUUUGAAUAAAUAUAGAAGAAUAUUUUUGGUACAUGG